GGGCCACGAUUGGCCGGAGCUGGGCUCCGCUCGCCGCGGCCCACGGUCACUUCACCCUGCGCGGCGCCUGCCGCAAUCACAGUGGCUGCGGCGCGACACCUCCGCAGGCGGUGGGGGACUUUUUUCCCCUCCUAUUUUUGGAGUAAAUAAAGAGGAGAGAUGAUACUGAAAACAGUUGUGCUGCUGGCAUGUGUUGUGGGCAUCAGGACGUUCCCCAUGGAAGAACCUGAAGAUGGAGGCAAGCACUGGGUGGUGAUUGUUGCUGGUUCAAACGGAUGGUACAACUAUCGACACCAGGCAGAUGUGUGCCAUGCCUACCAGAUCGUACACCGCAAUGGAAUUCCAGAUGAGCAGAUCAUUGUCAUGAUGUAUGAUGACAUUGCUGAUAAUGAGGCAAAUCCAACAAAAGGCAUUGUCAUUAACAGACCUAAUGGCACAGAUGUGUAUGCUGGAGUGCCCAAGGACUAUACGAAGGAGGAUGUUACUCCAAAGAAUUUCCUUGCUGUACUCAGAGGGGAUGCAGAAGCAGUGAAGCAGGUGGGAUCAGGAAAAGUAUUAAAAAGUGGUCCCAAGGAUAACGUGUUUGUUUAUUUCACUGACCAUGGAGCUCCAGGACUUCUGGCCUUCCCUGAUGAUGAUCUCCAUGUCAAGGACUUGAAUAAGACUAUUUGGUACAUGCAUCACCACAAAAAGUACCGAAAGAUGGUGUUUUACAUUGAAGCAUGCGAGUCUGGAUCUAUGAUGAAUCAUUUGCCUGAUAAUAUCAAUGUUUAUGCAACAACAGCUGCCAACCCCAGGGAGUCAUCUUACGCAUGCUACUACGAUGAUAAAAGGCAGACUUACCUUGGAGACUGGUACAGUGUUAACUGGAUGGAAGAUUCAGAUAUGGAGGAUCUAAGAAAAGAAACUCUCCACAAGCAGUUUCAGUUGGUGAAGAAACGCACCAACACCAGCCAUGUGAUGCAGUAUGGAAACAGAAGCAUAUCAUCCAUGAAAGUGAUGCAGUUUCAAGGCAUGGGGAAGAAAGCUGUCCCCAUUUCUCUGCCACCUGUAGAACAUUACGACCUGACACCUAGUCCUGACGUGCCUUUUGCAAUCAUGAAACGAAAGCUGAUGGCUACUAACGACAUUUAUGAGGCUAAGAAGAUUGCUGCAGAGAUGAAAGCAUACCUGGAGGUGAAAGAAUUUAUCCAAGAAUCCAUGAGAAAGAUAAUCGCCUUAGUAACAGGAUCAAAAGAAGACACUGACAAAAUUCUGUCAGACAGACUGACCAUCAGCAAUUAUGACUGCUACCAGUCAGCAGCAAACCACUACAGAGAUCAUUGCUUCAACUGGCACUUAGCUGUGUAUGAGUAUGCACUGAGACAGCUGUAUGCCUUGGUCAACAUUUGUGAAAGAGGAUACCCCAUUGACAGAAUACGCCUGGCCAUGGAUAAAGUGUGCCUUGGAUAUUGAUGGAAACAUCAGUCCCUAUUAUAACCCUUACUACAACUGGUAACUUUUCAUAACUGUAAUAACCUCGACUUCGCAUGCAUGCAACAUGAAGAGUCAACCAUGGUGCUGGAGCUGUUCUGGGACCUGAGGCACCUGACCAUGAGCAACACAGCAUUUGCCAGCGCUCUCCCCUGCAUCCCCUCCUGCUGACAGCCCACUGAUUUGACAGAAGCAUUUUGGCAGACCACCUGAAGCUUUUAAGAUGGUUGAUUUUUUCCAAACCUCAAUGCUCUUAAGAAUCUCUGGAUGAACACUACAAGACAACUAGCAGUGAUUGCUAAAUCUAUACUAAAUUUAACCAGAGUCAUUAAUUCUGGAAUUUGUUUUAUGUUAUUGUUAGCUAUUAGCUUUCUAAAAAAUGAAUUAAUUCCAUUCCAGUCACUAAUUUUCAAAGUGGUUAAAGAGUGAAGAAACCAAAGCUUGUUCUUUAAGCUUUAACUCCUUAACAGUUUAAAGAAAUUAGUAGCAUUCAAGAACCAUUGGAUGUGAACAGCCUGUGCAGGUAGAAAGCACUGUUUUCCAAAGAAAUACAUAGAUAUCUAAUGCUGUAAAUCUAGCCCCAGUAUGCUGUAAUUCAGUGUAUAUACACACAAACUUGGGGGAAGUCAUAGAGUACAGGAAUUGUCUGUGAAUAAAAAUAAAGGGGACACUUUCAUCAACCUACAA